AUGACCGACGAACGUUCGGGACCAUUCUUUCCUAAUUUAUACAUAGCCGGAGAUAAGCAUAUUUUUGCCCCAAAAGUGGUUCUUAUCAGCUCUAGAACGUUCCAGGCAGGAGAAAAACCGCAAUCCGUGCCAGAUGUGCAUUUACCCGGACAAAAGGCCGAUUUCAGUGGACGGUCUGCUUUCAACCCCUUUACCCAUGCUGUCGCCGCUGUAUUCAAUGAAGAUCUUGUCGAUUCUUGGGGCACAGGCUUUGCCGUUAACGGUGUGAAUAACCAUGAUCUACAAGUGCGAAGAAAUUUCGAUCAAUUCGCUGAUAUCGCAUUCGAUAGAAAUGACGGGCUACAUCAGCCAUUUCUUACAGCUUUCUCCGUCGGUUCCGAGUAUGAUUUUUCGAAAAUCAAGGAAAUUUCCGGGCAUUUUGAUCUGCCAAUUCCGGGAGUUAAUGAAAUGUUUGAUUUCGAUGGAAGACUGAUGCUUAAAGGUUUGUGAAU